CCGCCGCACGCGUGCGCUCGGGGCGCCGGCGCCUUUAAGAACCUCGGCGCGGCGCCGGCCUCAAUCCGCGCGCAGCGACACCCGGCUCGCCGCGGAGCCUCCCGCGCCCUGCGCUUCCCGCGCCCUACGCCUCCGCCCGGGACCCCGCCCCAUGCCGGCUGCCCCAUGUCGGCCGCCCCCGCCUACAGCGAAGACAAGGGCGGCUCUGCCGGCCCUGGCGAGCCCGAGUAUGGCCACGACCCUGCGAGCGGCGGCAUCUUCUCCUCCGACUACAAGCGGCACGAUGACCUGAAGGAGAUGCUGGACACCAACAAGGAUUCCCUCAAGCUGGAGGCCAUGAAGAGGAUUGUGGCGAUGAUCGCCCGUGGGAAGAACGCCUCAGACCUGUUUCCUGCAGUGGUGAAGAACGUGGCCUGUAAGAACAUAGAGGUGAAGAAGCUUGUCUAUGUGUACCUGGUACGCUAUGCAGAGGAGCAGCAGGACCUGGCCCUGCUGUCCAUCUCUACCUUCCAGCGUGGCCUAAAGGACCCUAACCAGCUGAUCCGUGCCAGUGCCCUCCGAGUCCUCUCCAGCAUCCGUGUGCCCAUCAUCGUGCCCAUCAUGAUGCUGGCCAUCAAGGAAGCUGCCUCGGACAUGUCGCCCUACGUGCGGAAAACGGCUGCCCAUGCUAUCCCGAAGCUGUACAGUUUGGACUCUGACCAGAAGGACCAGCUCAUAGAAGUCAUCGAGAAGCUUCUGGCUGACAAAACCACGCUGGUGGCGGGCAGUGUGGUGAUGGCAUUUGAGGAGGUAUGCCCCGAGCGCAUCGACCUGAUCCACAAGAACUACCGGAAGCUGUGCAACCUGCUGAUCGACGUGGAGGAGUGGGGCCAGGUGGUCAUCAUCAGCAUGCUCACGCGCUACGCCCGAACGCAGUUCCUGAGCCCCACGCAGAACGAGUCUUUGCUGGAGGAGAACCCAGAGAAAGCCUUCUAUGGCUCGGAGGAGGACGAGGCCAAGGGCGCUGGGCCUGAGGCGGCGGCCCCCACGGCACUGCCUGCCCGCAAGCCUUACGUCAUGGACCCGGACCACCGACUGCUGCUGCGCAACACCAAGCCGCUGCUGCAGAGCCGCAGCGCCGCGGUGGUCAUGGCAGUGGCGCAGCUCUACUUCCACUUGGCGCCCAAGGCGGAGGUGGGCGUCAUCGCCAAGGCGCUGGUGCGCCUGCUGCGCAGCCACAGUGAGGUGCAGUACGUGGUGCUCCAGAACGUGGCUACCAUGUCCAUCAAGCGCAGGGGGAUGUUUGAGCCCUACCUGAAGAGUUUCUACAUCAGGUCCACCGACCCCACCCAGAUCAAGAUCCUGAAGCUGGAAGUGCUGACCAACCUGGCCAAUGAGACCAACAUCCCUACUGUCCUACGGGAAUUCCAGACCUACAUUCGAAGCAUGGAUAAAGACUUCGUAGCAGCCACCAUCCAGGCCAUCGGACGCUGUGCAACUAACAUAGGCCGAGUGCGUGACACCUGCCUCAACGGCCUGGUGCAGCUUCUGUCCAACCGAGAUGAGCUGGUGGUUGCAGAGUCUGUGGUGGUCAUUAAGAAGCUGCUGCAGAUGCAGCCAGCACAGCAUGGGGAGAUCAUCAAACACCUGGCAAAGCUCACAGACAACAUCCAGGUGCCCAUGGCACGAGCCAGCAUCCUGUGGCUCAUCGGCGAGUACUGUGAGCAUGUGCCCAAGAUUGCACCUGAUGUUCUGAGAAAAAUGGCCAAAUCGUUCACUGCAGAGGAGGAUAUUGUCAAGCUGCAGGUCAUCAACCUGGCUGCCAAGCUCUACCUGACUAACUCUAAGCAGACCAAGCUGCUGACCCAGUAUGUGCUGAGCCUGGCCAAGUAUGACCAGAACUACGAUAUCCGAGACCGAGCGCGCUUCACCCGCCAGCUCAUUGUACCCUCUGAGCAGGGUGGGGCCCUCAGCCGCCAUGCCAAGAAGCUCUUCCUUGCCCCCAAGCCUGCCCCAGUUUUGGAGUCCUCCUUCAAAGACCGGGACCAUUUUCAGCUGGGCUCACUCUCCCACCUGCUCAACGCCAAGGCCACAGGCUACCAAGAGCUCCCAGACUGGCCAGAGGAAGCCCCUGACCCGUCUGUGCGCAACGUGGAGGUACCUGAGUGGACCAAGUGCUCCAAUCGGGAGAAGAGGAAGGAGAAGGAAAAGCCCUUCUACUCUGACUCAGAGGGGGAGUCGGGCCCCACAGAGUCUGCAGACAGUGAGCCCGAGUCUGAGAGCGAGUCGGAGAGCAAGAGCAGCAGCGAGAGCGGCUCUGGGGAGUCCAGCAGUGAGUCGGACAAUGAGGACCAGGGUGAGGACGAGGAGAAGGGGAGAGGCAGUGAGAGUGAGCAGAGCGAGGAGGAGGGUGAGAAGAAGAGGAAGAAGAGGAGAAAGGUGCCAGAGGAGCAUGGAGAAGACUCAUCCUCAGAGGAGGGCAGCGAUGCCAGCACCAGCUCCUCAGAGUCCGAGGUGACAUCAGAAUCCGAGGAUGAGCAGGUAGAGCCUGCCUCCUGGAGGAAGAAAACGCCUCCCAGCAGCAAGAGUGGCCCUGGAACCAAGGAAGUCUCCCUGCUAGACCUGGAAGACUUCACCCCUCCCAGUGUCCAGCCUGUGUCUCCUCCCAUGGUUGUGUCCACCAGUCUGGCUACUGACCUGGAGGGCCUGACACUCACAGACUCCUCUCUGGUGCCCUCUCUGCUGAGCCCAGUGCCGGGCGUGGGGAGGCAGGAGCUGCUGCACCAGGUAGCUGGCGAGGGGCUGGCUGUGGACUAUGCCUUCAGCCGCCAGCCUUUCUCCGGGGACCCCCACAUGGUGUCUGUGCACAUCUACUUCUCCAACAGCUCUGAGACCCCCAUCAAAGGCCUGCACGUGGGCACCCCUAAACUGCCUGCAGGCAUCAGCAUCCAAGAGUUUCCUGAAAUAGAGUUGCUGGCACCUGGGGAAUCUGCCACUGCUGUAAUGGGUAUCAAUUUCUGCGACUCAACCCAGGCAGCCAACUUCCAGCUAUGCACCCAGACUCGGCAGUUUUACGUCUCUAUUCAGCCUCCUGUUGGGGAGCUGAUGGCCCCUGUGUUUAUGAGUGAGAAUGAGUUCAAGAAGGAACAGGGAAAGCUGACAGGCAUGAAUGAGAUCACUGAGAAACUCAUGCUGCCAGACACCUGUUGGAGUGAUCACACUGUGGUGCAGAAAGUGACUGCCACUGCCAACCUGGGCCGUGUCCCUUGUGGGACAUCUGAUGAGUACAGGUUUGCGGGGAGGACACUGACCAGCGGGAGCCUGGUCCUCCUGACUCUGGUUGCCCGGCCAGCUGGUGCUGCCCAGGUGACAGUCAACAGCGAGAAGAUGGUGAUUGGCACCAUGCUGGUGAAGGAUGUGAUCCAGGCUCUGACCCAGUGACUCCCAAAUGCUGUGAUGCUCUGAGCCCUUUGGUCCUCACCUGUCCCUCCCCCAGGACAUCUAGACUGUCACAACCCACCCUCCUCCACCCUCUGGGUAGGAGGUCCCCUCAUUAGUGUUUACCAGUAUCCCCAUUCCUGAGUGACCUGUGUAGAGGGAGACACAGCAGUUGCUCCCUUCUACCCUCCAAGCUUUCUGUAGCUAUUUAUGUUACAACAUCUCAAUAAAACAUUCUCCCUAGGUAUUGA